AGUCGCUGCUCUGGAGUCCUGAGGGGACGGUGCUGCUGCCAGGACUGUCCUCACUGCGACACCAGACCUCCGGGAACCUACCUGCCCGACCCACUGUGUGCGAUCCGUCUGUGGAAUGAUGCUCCGGGGAAGCGGCUUUGUUCUCCUCUUCUACGUAUUUCCAGGUCUCGCUGUCCAGCAGCUCCACGUCAACCCACAGAUUACUGCCAAGAUCGCCGCCGCCGCCGCCAGGAUGUUCUGUUCGGCGCCCCUGGACGUCCUCAUUCUCCUCGAUGGUUCCAAUAGUGUUGGGAAGGGCAGUUUUGAGAGGUCCAAGCACUUUGCAGUAAAGCUCUGUGACGCUUUAGACAUUAGCGCUGAGCGGGUAAGAGUGGGGGUCAUUCAGUACAGCACCACUCCGCAGGUUGAGCUCCGGCUAGAUUCGGGAUUUGCUAAAGGAGACGUCAAAGAGAAGAUCAAGUCGGUGGCGUUUAAAGGGGGCAGCACUGAGACCGGCCUGGCCCUAAAAUAUAUUUUGCGGAAAGGUUUUCCGGGUGGUCGAGACUCUUCUGUCCCCAAGAUGUUGAUCCUUCUCUCUGAUGGCAAGUCCCAGGGGCAGCCGACGGUCCCAGCUCUGCAGCUCAAGCAGCAGGGGGUCGAGGUGUUUGCAGUCGGUGUAAAGUUUCCAAGAUGGGCGGAGCUUCAUUCCCUCGCCAGUCAUCCGGCCGCACAACACGUAUUUUUUGCUGAACAUGUGAAUGACGCUGUCAAUGGUCUGUGCAGCGCUCUGAGUAACACGUCGGUAUGCAGCGCGGUCCCAGCAGGUUGCACAAUCCAUUCCUUCCCAUGUGAGCGGAAAACCCUGGAAACCGUGAAGGAACUGACGGGGAACUACAUGUGCUGGAGAGGAGCCGCCGGCCCCAGUCGUGUGUACGCAGGACACUGUCCCUUCUACAGCUGGAAACGUUUCUUCAGCCGCCUCGAGGCUCAGUGCUCCCGGGCAGUCUGUCCAGAUCCCUGUGACUCUCAGCCGUGCAAGAACGGAGGCACCUGCAUCCCCGACGACACGGACAAGUAUCACUGCUUGUGUCCUGCUGGAUUCGCGGGUGACUCUGAGUGCGCUCCUAACUUGAGCCUUGAAUGCUACAUAGACCUGCUCUUCCUGGUGGACAGCUCUUCGUCCCUGGAGAGCUUCCUGCAGCACCGAUCCUUCGUGAAGCGCUUCCUGCAGGCCGCUGUGUCGGACGACUCUCCGGUCAAUGUCGGCGUGGCCCAGUACAGCGACCAGGUGCAGAUGGUGGUGAAGAUCAAUGAGUACGAGAACGUGGCGGAGCUGCUCAGAUACGUGGAGGGCAUGAGGUUUAUGGGCGGUGGCAUCCACACGGGUAAAGCCCUGCGGCAUGUCACUCAGCACGGAUUCAAGAGCACCCCGACCUUCUCUGACAUCCGCGACGACCUCCCGCGGGUUGUGGUCUUAUUGACGGGAUCCACGUCUAAGGACUCCGUGAAGGAACCCGCCCAGUAUGCCCGCGACCAUGAGGUGUUUAUUAUCGGAGUAGCAAGCGACGCCACCAAAGAGGAGAUGACGGAGAUUGUAGGGAACCCCCAAGAUGUGAUUGGAUACUCCAACCCCCAACAUCUAUUCAACCAGCUGCCCCAGCUCCAGAAGAAAAUCUGCAGCGUCGACAUCCAGGGUUGUCAGGCCCAGCCCCUGGACCUCGUCUUCGUCUUGGACGCCUCCUCCAGUGUCGGACAGGAGAACUUUCUCCGGGUGCUGAACUUCAUGACCAUGGUGGCCCUACAGUUUGACGUUAACCGCGAUGUCACCCAGGUGGGGCUGGUCACGUACGGCGCUCAGCCGCUGACGGUAUUUGGGCUGGACGUCCAUGAGACGAGUUCUAGCCUCCUCCAUGCCAUUAACCGGGCGCAGUACCGGGGAGGACCACCGAACACACGAGGCGCCCUCCUCCAUGUCUACAGUGAGGUGAUGACCGUUCAGAAAGGGGCACGUCCUGGGGUGAAGAAGGCGGUGGUGCUGGUCACCGACGGGCGCGGCUCCGAGGACGCUGCCGUCUCCGCCCAGAGGCUGCGGGAUAAUGGGAUCUCCAUCUUCACUGUCGGAAUUGGGAAAAUCCAUAGGAACUUGCUGCUGCGCAUUGCGGGAUCCGACCAGUACCUCACCCACGUCCCAUCCCAUGACGCCCUCAGUCAGUACGAAGACGCCCUCAUCCAGAGGGUGUGUGAAGAGGCGAAGACGAAGGUGAACCUGUGUUUGCCGAGUCCCUGUGUGAACGGGGGGCUGUGCAUCCUGGGAGACGGCAGCUACCGCUGUGAGUGCGAUGGAUGGGACGGGCCGCACUGCGAGACACGAAUCCUUCGAGGAGACGUCCAGUGGCCACUGGGAUUACAGAGUAAAAACCAGAGGCAGCGGCACUCAUCCGCAUCGCAGAGACGGCUCAGGCGCCAUAACCUCAGCGCAUAGCCAGGAACCUACCAUUACUGACACCCUGCAGAGUGGAGGCGGCUUUACUCCAUCAGCAGCUGACAAGCACUGACCUCACCGACCCACAGCCAGUGUAAUGCCGCUGAGUGGUCACCAGAGGGCAACCAAUCAGAGCCUGACGAUGCGUCGUAACCACGGUGGCAUUCCUGGCGCCUGAUCAUCUGGCUCCGGACUGCUGUAAAUAUUAUAAAACAGUGAGCGCUGGUUCUGAGGUGGAAAGUGCAGCCAUAUUGGUCAUUUGCUGUGACAACCAAUAUGGCCGCACUUCCUCCCAGUAUGGCCGCCAUAAUGAUGGGGCUGCGGCCGAGGCUGUGACUGUAUAGAUUCAUAUCUGAAGCUUGGUGGUCAUAGUGCAAGACCAGGGACGCCUUUACUGAUCUCACAUCCGGAGCUGAAUUCAGAAUUCUGCCCAGAAAUACCAUGUGCUCCGCUGUCCAGCAGUGUGGAGACGGAGUUACUCUUUAGCACCACCACAUUACCCACAAUGCACCACAGGAACGUAAUCCCCACAGAACCAAUACACCAGCAGGGGCCACUGGAGAGAGUGAGGCCCUGCAGCCUGAGCGCUAACCGAUAACCGCAGCUCUGGAUGUGACUGGAAUAUAAGACAUGACAGAAAAUGAGAAUUGUAAAUGUAGCUUUGUAUGUGACUAGAGAAUAAGACAAGAUGUAAAAGUAAAAUUGUGACUGCUGCAUUGUAUGUGAACAGAGAACUACAUAUGUUAAAGUAGAAUUAUUACUGCAGCUCUAAAUAAUUGCAGAAUUGUGAAUGCAGAUCUGGCUGUAAAUAGAAGAAAAGUAAUGGUGUAAAAGAAUUGUGAGUGCAUCUCUGGAUGUGACUGGAGUAUAAGACAGUGUAACAUGAGAAGCGUUAACGCAGCUCUGGAUGUGACUAGAGUAUUAGAUAUGUUCUAGUCACAUCCAGAGCUGCAUUCACUAGAGAAGGGAUGGACAACCUGCGGCUCUCCAGCUGUUGCAAAACUACAACUCCCAGCAUGCCCAGACAGCCUACUGCUAUCAGCCCACAGCAGGGCAUGGUGGGAACUGUAGCUUUACAACAGCUGGAGAGCCGCAGGUUGGCCAGCCCUGCACUAGAGUAUAAGUCAAGAUAAAAGAUGUGAAUAGGUAAUGCAGCUCUGGAUGUGACUGGAGAAUAAGACAAGAUGUUUCUUGGGAUCAGUAAAGUAGGAAAUGUAUUCGUCUCCUCAGCCUUAGGACUUGUUGACAGGAACCUAUGUGUUCCGUUUCCGUAUUGCGGACCGCGUAUGCGGAUACACUGACACCAUUCCGUGUGAAUUCCGCAUCACUGAUGCGGACCUACUUGCUUCAAUGGGUCCGCAAAUCCAAAGAUGCGAAAUGGUGCGGAACACUACGCUACGGAAGCACUACGGAGCGCUUCCAUGGGGUUCUGUUCCGUACUUUCAUUCCGCAAAAAGAUAGAACUUGCUCCAUCUUUUUGCGGAAAGGAAGGAUGCGGACCUAUUCAAGUUGAAUGGGCCUGGAUCCGUCCCCAGAGCCUGCGCGAACGUCCCCGGUGCAUUGGGGACCGCAAAUUGCGGUGCCCAAUGCACAGAACGGAGCACGUACGUUCGUGUGAACAAGCCCUUAUAUGGAGGACAAAAACCCUCACCGGAUCAGGCGGAGCACAUAACGCAGCGAGACCUCUGAUGGCGGUAGAAGUUGCUGUUUUUUUAAAUAAAGAGAAUAUUAGUUUUUUUUUUAUAUCAUCAACAUCAGUGACCAGAAGAUGUGGAGUCUGACCGAUGUAUCAUCACCCUCAUCCUCCUCCUGGCAGUGCGGACGGUUCCGUCCUCUGUGUAUUUAUUAAUAUGGAUUUGAAUGUUUUUUCUAUAAGAACACAAAGUAAAUGUGAAAAAUGUAGUGAAAACUGCGCAGAUUUUAUGUAUCUUCCGCCAUAUUCUCAGAAAUGGUGCCGUUCUGUAUGAGGAGGUGCGUCCGCCAUGGAUCGGUAGCGGCCGCUCUGACGGUGACCUGCCUCCAGCUUCAGAUUUAUGUGAUGAAAAUACAUUUUAUUAACAUUU